AUGGACAUUGCACUGGCCAUUAAUUUGGCACGGAGAAAGGACCGGUGGCGGAAUGUGGUCAGCAUCGCCAAGGAGCUUGGAGUGGAUUUGCACAGAGUGCGUGGCGUUGAUGGGAAGAUGUUGGAGUCUCAGAAUGGGCACAUCAGGGUCCACAAAUCCCUGGUGAGGCUGAGCUGGACAGAUUCCAAGUCCAAGCAAAGAUGCGUCGGGCACAUCAAGCUGUCGAAGAAGCUGCGAGCCAUGGUCCGGAAGGGCAGUGUUAGCCCAUGGAGCUGCUACGGGUGCAAUAGAUCGCACUCCAUUGCGCUACACAAGGCGCGAAAGCUGCUUGAUGAUGGCAAAGCGAAGAACGUGCUCAUCCUGGAAGAUGACGCUGAGCUUCUUGCAGGCGGUCUUUCGAGGAUCCGAAAGGCCAUUGCCCGCUUGGGUCGAGAGCACCCUGGCUGGCGAAUGCUGGUCCUCGGUGGCGUUGCCCAGGAUUUGUGGGCCAAACAGACUUGUCACGAGGAAGCGUUUGAUGGGGUUCACUAUGCCGAGCGAGUGUACCAGUCACACGCGUAUGUCGUCAGAGAUGUGGAAGCUGUCGACUACAUCUUGGAAGGCCUCGACGACAAGCACUUGGUGGCUGACGGCGCCACGGCACGGGCACAGGCCCACUUCUGCUGGGAGACCUUUUUCUUGAAGCCUGCAGCGGUGACGCAAGGACACUUUGGUUCAGAUAUUCUGGCAGACCAGAGUGGCGGGCAGAAGGGCUGGCUGUCGGCGUGGGCCACGGACUCUCAACCACGGAAAAAGGCGAUGAAGGCCAUGAAAGCCAUGAAGGUGAAGAAGACGAAG